AGUUGGCAGCACCCUGGCUUCUGAAAAAUAGCGCGAAAGGGAAAAAAUAUCCUUAAUAUCCAUUAAACCCAGCCAUGGAAGACAAGGAGGACGUUGCGGAGGUGCCGAAGCGCGAGACGCGCUCCUUCCUGAUGGCCCGCGAUCCGUCCAUCGACCGGCGCUUUCGGCCGCGUCCAAACAAGAAGAUGCGUCUGUUCGACAACAUUCAGGAGUCGGAGGAGGAGAGCUACUCGGAGUACUCGGACACGGAAUCGGAGUACAAGUACCAGACGAGCGGCACGACAGACGGCGCCUCGUGCGCCACCAGUGCGGCGGACAGCAGCAGCGUGGAGACGGGACCUCAGGUCUUCCUGCGCAUGCGUCCCGUGAAGGAUGCCUCCAAGGCGUACAUUGUCUCGGAGGAGGCCAACGUCCUGAUCACCAGCUGCAAGGUGGACUCCACCAGCAACAACGUGAACCGCAUGGAAAAGCACUUUGGCUUCACCUCCAUUUUCGACAGCACCGUUGGGCAGCGGGACAUCUACGACACCUGUGUGGGCCCCAAGAUCAUGGAGGAGGAGUGUGUGACCAUCAUGACGUACGGCACUUCGGGCUCCGGCAAAACCUACACUUUGCUGGGCGACGAUGUCCGUGCUGGAAUCAUUCCACGUGCCCUGGAGAACAUAUUCACCAUCUACAAGGGCACCAUCUUCCACUCGCCCAAGCUAAAGCUGAUCAACGGCUGCAUCGUCUUUCUGCAGGACGACGCCUCGCUCAAGGAGCUGCAGAUUCGGAAGAAGCUGUUGGACCUGUGCCCGGAUAUCAGUGCCCAUCACAAGCGUUUGAAGCAGGUCAUCGAUGGGGAUCACACGUUCGAGACUAAAACGUCCACCGACGUUUCCGUCCUGGUUUGGGUCUCCUUUGUGGAGAUCUACAACGAACUGGUGUACGACUUGCUGGCCAUUCCUCCGAAACAGGAUAAGCUGGGUGAGGUGCCGCGGAAAAACCUGAAGAUUGUGGGCAACAAGGGCCAGGUGUUCAUCAAGGGACUGACCAGUGUGUUCGUGACGAGCAGCGAGGAAGCGCUGCGCCUGCUCCGGCUGGGUCAACAGCGCUCCACUUACGCCUCCACCUCGGUGAACGCCAACUCAAGUCGCUCGCACUGUGUGUUCACUGUGGACAUACUCAAGUACAAUCGCUCGGGCAUCACCACCCAGAGUUCGUACAAAUUCUGCGAUCUGGCGGGUUCGGAACGCGUGAACAACACGGGAACCUCGGGCCUGCGUCUGAAGGAGGCCAAGAACAUCAACACCUCGCUGAUGGUGCUCGGUCGCUGCCUGGAUGCGGCCAGCACAGUGCAGAAGAAGAAAAACGCCGACAUCAUUCCAUACCGCGACUCCAGACUCACGAUGCUGCUGCAAGCGGCCUUGCUGGGCAAGGAGAAGUUGGCCAUGAUCGUGACGGUUACCCCGCUGGACAAAUACUACGAAGAGAACCUGAACGUCCUGAACUUCGCCUCCAUCGCCAAGAAUAUCAUCUUCAAGGAACCCGUAGUCAAGCAGCAUCGCGUCAGCUUCUGCGGCUUCAUGGAAUUCUCAAAGAUGUCAACGUACGAAGGCGACGACUACACCAAGGAGCUGGAGGACGAGAACGUCCGCCUGCGUUUGGAGAUUGAGCAGUUGCGGUACGAUCAUGUGCUUCAAAUGCAACUUCUGGAGGAGAAACUGCGCAGCGAACUCACUGCAACCUACCAGGAGAUAAUCCAGAACAACAAGAAGCAACAUGAAGACGAGUGCGAGAAGAAGCUACUGAUAGCACAAAGGGAAUCGGAUUUUAUGCUCUCCUCUCAAAAGCGGCGGUUUGAAGAACAAAUAGAAGACCUCAAGGACGAGAUAGAGGAAUUAAAAAAUCCCACCAGCGACACGGACAGUUCCGAUGAUCCAAACGAAUCCAAGUCUCCCAUCGAAAUCAUCGAUGAUGAUUAGAUUCUUCAAUUCACAAUGUUUAAUUAUUUAAGUGUUAAGUGAUUUUUUAAUUUUAAUUUAUGUUUCAAAUCGGAUGUGUUGUGGAGUUGCCGAGUUAUCCAAUAAAUGUGUAAAUGAUUAGAU